GCGACGAGCAGCAUCUCCCUUGCUCUCUCACUGCGAAUGGAGUCUUUUGCCAACACUGCUGGCUCCGCCUCCGCGCCACCCAAAGAGCGGCCGCGGCCGCACGUCGUGCUUCUCCCCAGCCCCGGCGCCGGCCACCUCAUUCCAAUGGCCGAGCUGGCGCGGCGCCUCGUGGAGCUCCAUGGCUUCGCGGCCACAAUCGUCACCUUCACCAACCUCUCCGGCCCAGGAGACGCACAUCAGCUUCCCCCGUGCCUCCACGCCUCUGUCGCCGUUGCCGCGCUCCCCGCCGUCCAGAUGGACGACCUCCCCGCCAACGUCCACGACGGCAGAGUCCUCGCGGAGCUCGUCCGCCGCUCCCUCCCCAACAUCCGCGCCCUCCUUCGCUCCAUCAACUGCACCACCUUGCUCGCCGCGGUCGUGCCGGACUUCCUCUGCUCCAUGGCGCUGCCCGUCACUGCCGAGCUCGGCGUCCCCGGAUACCUCUUCUUCCCCAGCAACCUGGCCAUGGUCGCCCUCACGCGCCACAUCGUCGAGCUCCACGAGGGCGCCGCUCCCGGCGACUACCGCGACGUCGCGGUGCCUCUCGAGCUUCCCGGCGGCGUGUCGCUCUGCAGCGCCGACAUCCCGGACGCGUUCCGCGGCAGUUUCGCGAACCCGCGUUACGCGAAGCUUGUCGAGCUGGUCCGGAGCUAUCGCCUCGCCGAUGGCAUGCUGGUGAACACGUUCUACGACAUGGAACCUGCCACCGCGGAGGCGUUCGAGCGGCUGGCGGCGGAGCAAGCCGCUGGCGCGUCAGCGUUUUCGUACCCGCCGGUGUUCCCGGUGGGGCCGUUCGUCCGGCCGACAGAUCCCGACGAGGCCGCUGCCGGCGCGUCGACGCCAUGCUUGGAGUGGCUCGAUCGUCAGCCGGUCGGUUCUGUGGUGUACGUCGCCUUCGGGAGCGGCGGAGCACUUUCUGUGGAGCAGACGGCCGAGCUCGCGGCCGGGCUGGAGGCGAGCGGCCAAAGGUUCCUCUGGGUCGUGCGGAUGCCAAGCACCGACGGCGGCUCCGACGAGGACGAUCCAUUGGCGUGGCUCCCUGAGGGCUUCUUGGAGAGGACGAGGGGCAGGGGCUUGGCCGUGGCGGCGUGGGCGCCUCAGGUGCGCGUGCUGUCCCACCCCGCGACCGCCGUCUUCGUGUCGCACUGCGGGUGGAACUCGACGCUGGAGAGCGUGGGGUGCGGCGUGCCCAUGCUCGCGUGGCCGCUGUACGCAGAGCAGAGGAUGAACGCCGUUAUUCUGGAAGAGAAGCUUGGGGUGGCACUGCGAGUGGCGCCGGCGGUCGGGGGCUUGGUGACCCGCCACGAGAUCGCCAAAGCUGUGAAGGAGGUCGUGGAGGGCGACCAGAAGCUGCGGCGCCGGGCCGAGGACCUGCAGAAAGCGGCAGCACGUGCGUGGUCACCGGAGGGACCGUCGCGCCGUGCGCUCGAGGAGGUCGCCGUCAAGUGGAAGGCGGCGCUUGGUAGAGAAAGCAACACAUGAUCCUCCCAAAGUGCUCUCAUCGUACUUCACUUUGCUGUUACUUUCAUUGCAGUACACAUACUACGUGAGUUUACAAAAGUUUUAUGGACAUAUGGAUUUUGAUUGAAGAUUACAAGGAUAAAGGCCCCAUCGUUUGAAAAUCAGGAAGAAAGUUAGUUAGAAAAGAAAAUCCUAUUCGAUGUACUCCUUCCAUCCAUAUAUGUAGGACCUAAUGUAUUUUUUAAAACUGCGUUUGAUUAUUAAUAAGAUUAAUAUUAUAUAA